AUGACGAAUGAUAAUGAAUUUCAACCAGAUCUAUCCGAAAAUGAAGAACAAGAUAAUAAAUCACCAAAAAAUGAUAUUGAUGACAAUAUAUCUGAUUUAUCAUUAUCUUUAUCACCUGAAUUAGAUCCACAAGAAAAAGAAAUUGAAGAAGAAAUUAAAAAUGAUGAUCUUUCACCAGAAAUUCAUGAUCAAGUUGAUGAAAUUCUUCAUAUUAAUGAAAAUAAAGAACAAGAUGAUCUUACUCAAUUUAUAAUACAAGCUAAACAACAAGGUUAUAAUUGUCUUGAUCUUUCAAAAAAAAAUAUUACUGAAUUUCCUACAACAUUAUUAGAAUUUCCUUCAUUGCAAUAUUUAUAUUUAGAAGGUAAUGAAAUAACACAAUUACCAGAUGAUUUAUUUCUUCGAUUACCAAAUUUAAAAUGGAUUGACCUACGCAACAAUAAAAUUACUCAUAUUCCAAGUCUUGGUCUCGAUAAAAAUAGUUCAUUACGAUAUUUAUUAUUAAGUGGAAAUUUAAUCCGAACAUUGCCUGUUCAACUUGACAUGAGUGCUGUAAAGAAUACAAUCGUUCAAACAAACAGUGAUAAUUUGGAAAUAUUUUCUCUUCUUUGGCUUGAUGCAGAAGUCAAUGCUUCAGAAGAGAACAGGCAUGCUCAAAAGCGACUUCGUUCAAUCAUCAAUCAUCUCAUAAUAUUUCAUGAUCUGAACGAAUGUGAACAAUAUAUUGUGGCUUGUUCUGAACACGAUCGACUUGUUGUUAUUGUUAGUGGUAGAUUAAGCAAAGAAUUACUUCCUCACAUUCAUCAUCUUCGACAGCUAUCAGCUGUUUAUAUCUAUUGUUGGAAUAAACAAGCAUAUAAAAAGUGGGCUAAACAGUUCACUAAAGUAUGA